AUGAACCUCCUCCUCCUAGCCCUCACCCUCCUCACCACCCUCACCAGCGCAACUCCCACCCCUCGCCAGAUGAACAUCCUCUACCCCUACGAAACCUACCGCUACUGGGUCCAAUCCGGCAACUGGAAACUCGACCCCCAAGACCAACUCCUCGUCGUCAAAAACGGCAACGCAGCAGACGAAACCACCAGCAUCGUAACCUUCAACAUCCCCCCCGCAGCCGACGGCCACAAAUGCAAGCUCCUAUUCGACCUCUGGGACCGCGACGUCUCCAGCGGCUCGAAGCAGGCCGACGUGUUUACCGCUACCAAGCCCACAGGCGCGAGUGCCUCUGACGCGAAUACUGACUCUGCAUCGCUGCAGUCUGUGUCGAAGGAGGUCGCCGAUGUGAUUGUCCAGUCGAGGGAUGAGCAUGUCGGCAGGAUUAGUGUUUCUGCCCCUGGAACGGCGGAUUGGGUGUUGGCUUAUCAGGGUUAUCCGGAGUUUGAUUGUCCUGCUGGGCAGAUAGUGGGGUUUGAGUUUGUGGGGGUUGGUGAUGAGGUGGCUAUUCGGUGGGAUAUUGGAGUUACGGGGCCGAGGGUGCAGAUUUUGAAUAAUUUCUUUUAUUUUGUUCAUGGCACUGAAGGGAAGGUCCUUGCUGAAAUGGGGAUUAUUUGCUGUAAACUAUAG